UUGAAUUUACCAACCCUGGGAGCUGUCACUUCACUGAGAUGGCACACAACGAGUCAAUGGUCGUUGUAAAUGGAGCACAGGUUUCCUUCAUUGGCCAUGACUGUGAAGAUAUUCCAGAGUUUCUUGGACUCAGAUAUGGUGCGUUAGCGAGACGUUUAGAUCUCAGCUUUAACAGACUGAGGUCACUGACAGGGCUGAAAGCGUUCCCUGAUCUGGAAGAGUUGAUUGUGGACAAUAAUCUUCUCGGAAAUGACCUCCAGUUGCCCAGGUUACUGAAGCUUCACACCCUAACGCUCAAUAAGAACCACCUGACCGAUAUUGAGGCACUGUUGGAGCACCUGGCUGAUGUGACGCCCUCACUGGAGUACCUGAGCAUGCUGGGAAAUGAGGCAUGUCCCAAUCAGCUGGUCAGCCCAGAUAAAGAUGAAGAUGACUACCAGAGAUACAGGUAUUUUGUCCUGCAUAAGCUGAAGAAUCUGAAGUUUUUGGACACGAGGAAGGUGACCCAGAGAGAGAGAGCAGAGGCAGAGGUUCGCGGAGCUUUCAUGAAGGUUGUCAAGCCAAAGACUGACCUGGAUUCCGGUGAGCCCAAACGUGAAUCCCCUGCCUCUUCCUACACACCUCUACCAAAAGGCUCCAGAGAUGCCCGAAACCACAAAGGGGUGUUCGCCAAGUGCCGUUACGUUUACUACGGGAAACAUUCAGAGGGCAAUCGAUUCAUCCGCAAUGACCAGCUCUGACAGGACAGCCAACAGUCACGCGUUUUUAUUAAGAUAUAUUCACAUGCAUCUCUAUAAAUAUACAUAUCGCCACUCGCAUUUUUUAAAACCUGCCAAACGCAGCCGUGUGCUGCCUCACGCUGCGACUGCCAUUCCCUGUCAAAGCCCAUCUCUCUCUGUCUGUCGGAGCUGUCUUAUCCGCCCUGACGUGAUUGGCUCUAAGCAGCGCCCCUGCCGACGCACUGACAGACAGCUACAGCCCAAACGCCUCCUCUGACAGCACCAGCACCAUGAUGGAUUGCCUGGUCCAACCGCUGCUCUUCGUGGGUCAAAGGUCACACCUGGGGCCACAACGGGCCUGUGCAGACACACUGUGGAUGAGAUGAGCCACCUCAAAGUCAAAGCUAAAGUUAAACCACUCUAAGAGAAAGGGAGAGAGAGAGGGAGAGAGAGAGAGAGAGAGAGA